ACCUAAUAUCACAAAAUUACACAUUAUCACAAAAAGUACACAUUAAAAAUAAAUUGAGUUUACUACAUGAAAAAUUUUUUAAUAUUCUUAAGCUCUAUUGGGUGUUCCAGUGCCAGAGUUGCUAAAAAAUAAUUAAUUGAGUAAGUUGAGAUCAAAGUUUAAGAAAAAUUUAAAAAUAGUCACUUGUCAAAUAAGUAUUUAAUUUUGUCAUGAACUACAUAAUUUUAAGGAAUAGGUAACUUUGGCAUGUAUAGAAAUGAUUUUAAAACAAUAACAAAGACCAGUUGUUUUGAAAUUUUGUAGGUUAGGUAACUCUGGCACUAAACCACUUUACUAUCCCUUCACCCAUCUAUUUCGGUUCAUUGUAGUUGCAAUAUCCAUUCCAAAAAUCUCCAUACUCAGGAAUAAAAAUAUAAAAUAAAGGCGCAGUGUGUAUCUUAAAAUUAAACUAAAAUUUUUAAAUAAAUUUGUUUCUGAUAAUUUUAAAGCAGUCUUAAUUUUAUUUUUAGAUUUUAAUAAACUAUUUUUUAAUCUUGAAAUUUUGUUUCGCUGCUCUCGAUUAAUAUAAUAAAAUUUUCUCUUUCUAGGAGUUAAAUUACCAAUUCUAGUUGCAUUAAUUUGAUUUAAAAUACCAGUUCUUACACGUGGUUUCUUUAUUAAAGGUUCCUCAACACAUUCAAUUCUAUCAUUAAAAAAUUCUAGCUUUCUUUUAGCUGAAGUUAUAUUCGAAACAGAAGGUUUAAUCAAAACAUUACUAAUUACAUUUAUUUUUGCAAGCGAAUUUGAUGAAGGCAGCUCUGAAAAAUUUUCAUCUAAUGUAAUAUUAUUAUUAGUAGUAAUAUUCUCUUCUAAAGGCGCUAAAGGCAAGGCAAAUUUAUUUUAAUGAGCUUAGUACGCAAAGUGCUGGUAAAGGCAUUCUCGUCAAAAUGAUCCUCGCACAAUAGUUUUUUUUUAGAUGUGUAGGGAAUAUUUAAAAUAUCAAACCAUUUCUAUCUAAGGGUAAUAAUGGACGGAAAAGUAAAAAAUUUCUUAUUAAGUGAAUGUAAAUAAUAUUUGCUUCUGCAAUUUGGAGCAGCACAUGAUAAUGUAAAUUUAUUAUAAGUUAAUGACAUUGUUAAGGACCUCAGUAUAUUUUUACAGCUAUAAAUUACUUAAAUCUAACUAAAACUAAAUUAAAAAUAAGAUUAAUUAAAUUUUACUCACCUACAUUUUCCGCGACUGUCAUGUUUUAGUGUAACAUAACCUAAUUUAUUAGCAAAGCCAGAUUUACACCACCUCAUAAUAUUCAAAUGUAGCUUUAACUUUAUAAAUUUAUAACAAUUAUCCCUGUAUUUGAUCAUUAUAUUGUAUUAAAGUGAUAUUUAAAAGAUUGCAUUAGUAAAAUUAUUGAUUUCUUUAAAAUUUAUUCAUUUUUUAAUUAUUAUAUGGGUGUAAAAACGGCUUUUAUUUAGUGCUCGCAGCGCGUGAAGCGCGAUAUGAUAAACUACAAACAAGGAAACAAUUCCCGCCUAUUAUUAAAACCUUCUCUUUUUAGUUUUUCUAUGGAUGGCACUCAGUUUGCAGCGCUAAAGGCGUCUGGCCGCUCAACUACCUCGAUAUGGCGGUAAAUUCAAAUAUAAUUUUAAGAUUAUGGAGAAGAAUACGAUUUUAUCGUCAUUGGGGCUGGCGUUACUGGCUGUUCUAUAGCAAAUAGACUAUCCGAAAUUGGAAAAUGGAAAGUUUUGCUAAUCGAAGCUGGAACUUUUUCUAAUGGAUUAGUCAGAAUACCUGCAAUGAAUGCAUUGAAUGUAUUCUCGGACUACAAUUGGGGUUUUAAAACUGUACCACAAACCACGGCGUGUCUCUGUACUAACGAUCACACAUGUCCUGUGCCUCGAGGAAAAGGUGUAGGUGGUACGAGCUUAAUCAAUUCAUCUCAGUACGUUAGAGCUAACCAAGAAAAUUUUGAUUUAUGGUCUAAAAUUCUCCACGAUUCAAGUUGGUUGUUUACCAAUGUCUACAAAUAUUUCAAAAAAUCCGAGAAUUUCACAUGGAAUAAUUUUGAAGCUUACGCAGAUUUAAAGUACCAUGGUACUGAAGGUCUUGUGCAUUCUCAACAUAAAUUACCUAGUCAUCCCUUAAAUAACGUAUUCCUACUAGCAAACCACCAAUUAGGAUACUUGAUAUCAGAUUAUAACAGCGACAGACGAAUAGGCGGUUCUAUUUUACAAUUGUAUACCGAUAAUGGUAAAAGGGAUGAUUUAGGUACGGCUUAUAUCACUCCAUUUUUAUACAGAUCUUAUUUAAAGGUGCUUACCGAAAGUUAUGUUACUAAAAUUGAAAUUGAUAUAACAACUAAAACAGCCAAAAGCGUACUAUUCACAAACGGAGGUAGUACUUACAGAGUACGAGCAAGAAUUGAGGUUAUACUAUCAGCGGGUGCUAUUUCCAGCCCUCAAAUUUUAAUGUUAUCAGGAAUAGGUCCAAAAGAACAUCUUAAAGAUAUGAAAAUUGAUUUAAUAGAAGAUUUACAAGUAGGUAGUCAUUUGAAAGAUCACGCUUUAGGCAAUCCUUUCUUGUUUUCAUCAAACCUAACAAUACCUGUGGAAUCAUUAGUACAACAAAUCGCAGAAUACCUUGAAGGCUUUGGACCUCUCACUUCAUCUGGUACUCAGGCUCAAGCCAUAGGUUUUUACAACGUUAACUGCAAAAACUGUACUGUACCUAAUAUCGCAAUCUUUUCAGAUGCCGGUGAAGUAACAGUACAAGAAAAAAGAUUUCAAAAUUUGAAUGAUGAAUGUUUUGAAUCUUUUACAAAGAAUCCAAAAGCUAAUAGUGUUAGGUUCUUUUUCCUAUUAUUAAAUACAAAAUCUUCCGGUACCAUUAGGUUGAAGAGUAAGAAUCCUUUUGACUAUCCAUUGAUAGAUCCAAGGCUUUUGUCUGAUUCUUGUGAUGAGGAUAUAAGGGCAAUGUACUUGGGUGUUAAACAGAUUUUCAGACUAGCAGAGACUCUGUCUUUUAAAAGCAUUAAUCUGACAUUUGCUGGUGAACCAUUACCAGCUUGUAGAGACUUUAAAUUUAAAUCUAAACAAUAUUGGUAUUGCUAUCUAAGACACGUUGUCCAAACAGCAUAUCACCCUAUGUGCACGUGUCCAAUGGGUAUUAAUAAAUAUACCGGAAGCGUUGUAGAUUCAAAUCUUAAAGUGUUUGGAGUCCAAAACUUGAGAGUGGCUGAUGCUAGUGUUUUUCCAACCCCCAUUGCAGGCUACCCAACUGCGAACUGUGUAAUGAUAGGAGAAAAAAUUAGUGACGUCAUUAAAAAGGAAUAUUCCUGAGUAAACGUUUGA